ACAUACACACUUUUCAGGAUGGUAGAAUUUGAUUCCUUAUCAAUCAUGAACAGGAAUCAAAUUCUAUGAUGCAUAAGUGAUAUGAUGUGUUUUCAAUGAGCUCAAUUUGAAAAAGGCCCUCAACUGGCUCUUAUCACAUACUACAAAUAUUGAUUGGACAGCUGUCAGGGUUGUUGCAGUACUUCCUAAUAUAUUGCUGUAAUGUUAAUAAUACCUAUUAAUCAUUAAGUGAACAACUAUUUGCGAUUCAUUUUUCCAUUCAUUGAAGGAUUAUCUGAGCCUUCCAUAUGUACGCUUGUAACUAAUACUAGACUAAGAGGACUUGGCCACCAAAGAUUGCAGUAAGCUUCUUACUCACCAAAGCUCUGGGAGUUAUGGUAGUCCCUCGUCCCAACCCCAGCAAUCACAUUAAACACCCAGCACACAGAGUAGAACAUCUGACCUAAUUCUCUGGGAAUAAGAACAUCAGCUUAUAUACUCCGUAUCAGACUCGGAGGAAUGAGAUUGGGUGGACAGUUGCACCUUUUUCGUAUAAAAUAAUUUCAGACAUUCUUCUCACCCACGUGCUCCCACAAAUAGAAUGAGGCCUGUAAAGAAUUGUGGCAUCAAGCAGAUUUAUCAUUUCAAAUUUUGUUAAGCGCCAAAAAGGUUCUCUGAAGUCAGUCAGUUUAUAAUUAUUUAUAAUAAAUAAUUAUUGCUGUGAAGUGAAGGAGAGGCAGAACUUAUCAAAUGUUGUGUUAUGGAGACCCGAUCCAGACAGGAAAUUCAGUGUUCUUUUUAUUUUCCUUCGUUUCCUUUUGUGUCUCAAAGAACACCGUUUCCUAUUUCCUACUUUCGUUACCUAAUCUUUAAAAUGCUAUAUACCGCUUUAAAUAGUGCAACAACAAAAAAAAAAGCCUUGUACAUUUUUGGGGGCUAAGUUGUUUGGGAGUCGGUUUCCAGUAAAAAGGAACAAACAAUGAGUCACGUGCUUGAAUGAGGAUUUCUCCUGCCGCUCAAUAAGUUUCCCUUAAAGACCAUUACAACUCAUGGGAAAGAAUAGAUGAGGGCAAGUUGAUGAUUAUGUACAAUUUCGCCACCGUUUGUAAUUUCCCCACGACCGUGUGCGUUUUGUUCCCUUUAACCUUGCGUUUUGAUUGGAUGGCCAUUUUUAAAUGAUUUACAGUUUUACUUCAGUGCUUUUGAUUUUGGAAUCGAGGACUGGGCAUGAGAAACUGUGCCUCCUGCAUUUGAAACCCAGGCAGUGGUUUCCUCCCUGCAUCCCGAAACCUGUAGUCCUGUAGUCCUGGUGCCCUAAUCAGUCUAAGUGGCUUAAUUCCAUUAGCGUGACAUUGGGUAGUAUGUCAGAACACAAUUUAUAUCGCACGCUACUAUUUUUGUUCUCUAGCUCGGAGAUUUUUUUUUUUCCUUUGACGUUCUCAUUACGGGUUCAGACGGCCUGAUCCAGACUGGGGACACCGGACAGGUUAAUUUGGGCUAGCUCAGCGGUCUUAUCCCUUUGGUGCUGGGCGAAGACGCCAGGGCCCCGCCCCAAGGGGCUGAGAACGAUGAGUCAUCCGCUUUCCCAAUUCGCCCUGGCCGGCUCAGCCGAAGGCUGCGGCGAUGGGCUUUGGCUCUGCAAUAAAUCGUCUGGGCGACUCGCGUUUGAAGAGCCCAUUGAGUGUUGAGGAGCUAAUCGGUCAUUGGACGAGAAAUCCUGCAGUCAAGCGGUUUUCUUACUUGAGGCGGUCCACAUCUUUGUUCCUUUUUAGUGUCAGCAGGCACCUUCCUCGAUGUCUCUGAUAUAACGACCUCUGUAUAUUUGCUGUCCUGCCUCUCCUAUUCCAACCCUCUGCUGCGUAGACUGAGUCUGGAGGUUAUGACCAUCCUCUGUCGCUGCGAGAAUAUCGAAACCUCGGAGGGUGUCCCCUUGGACGUGACAGGGGUCGCUCAGGAUUACCCUUGAGAUAAUGACCCUGCAGCCCAAGUGUGAGGAUGUAGAGACAGCGGAGGGUGUAGCUAUUACUGUCACAGGUGUGGCACAGGUCAAAGUUAUGACCGACAACGAUCUGCUGGGAGUUGCCUGCGAGCAGUUCCUGGGGAAAUCGGUGAUGGAGAUCAAAAGCGUGGUCCUGCAAACCCUGGAGGGACAUCUUCGCUCCAUCCUGGGCACCCUGACGGUGGAGCAGAUCUACCAGGACAGGGACCAGUUUGCCAGGCUGGUGCGGGAGGUGGCGGCUCCAGACGUGGGGCGAAUGGGAAUCGAGAUCCUCAGCUUCACCAUCAAGGACGUCUACGAUAAGGUGGAAUACCUGAGCUCUCUGGGAAAGACGCAGACGGCGGCGGUCCAGAGGGACGCCGACAUCGGGGUGGCGGAGGCGGAGAGGGAUGCAGGAAUCCGGGAAGCUGAGUGUAAGAAAGAGAUGAUGGACAUCAAGUUCAAGGCUGACACCAAGAUGGCCGACUCCAAGCGCGAGCUGGAGAUGCAGAAAGCUGCCUUCAACCAGGAAGUGAACACCAAGAAAGCGGAGGCCCAGCUGGCCUACGAGCUGCAGGCGGCCAAGGAGCAGCAGAAGAUCAGGCUGGAGGAGAUCGAGAUCGAGGUGGUGCAGAGGAGGAAGCAGAUCACCAUCGAGGAGAAGGAGAUCCUCCGAACCGACAAGGAGCUGAUAGCCACGGUCAAGAGGCCCGCCGAAGCCGAGGCCUACAAGAUGCAGCAGCUGGCCGAGGGACAGAAGAUCAAGACGGUGCUGACGGCCCAGGCCGAGGCGGAGAAGAUCCGGCGGAUAGGCGAGGCGGAGGCCGGCUCCAUCGAGGUGGUGGGCAAGGCGGAGGCCGAGAAGAUGAGGCUGAAGGCGGAGGCCUACCAGCAGUACGGAGAGGCGGCCAAGACCGCGCUGGUCCUGGAGGCCCUGCCCAAGAUCGCGGGCAAGGUGGCCGCGCCCCUGGCCCGGACCAACGAGAUCGUCAUCCUGAGCGGGGAGGGCAGCCGCUGGACCGGGGAGGUGAACCGCCUGCUGGCGGAGCUGCCCGUGUCCGUCAACGCCCUCACGGGAGUGGACCUGACGAAGAUUCCUCUACUGCAGAAGAUGACCAAUCCCCAAGCGUGAAAACAAUCCGCCCCUUUUACUCCACUGCGUUCGUUUUAUGCACUCACGUCGACUGCCUUCAACAGAAACACUUGAAAAUGGAAUUUUUUCUACAGACAAGUGGGUUUUUUUUAGACCUCUGGUGCCUUAGUUCCAUAGGACCAGAAAAUCUGCAUGAGCCACUGCUCCCUUCAUCUUUCAUUUUCAUUUCUUAAAGGAUUAGAAGCAACUUCAGGAAAAAAAAAAAAGAAAUAUAUGUAUAAAUUUACAGUGGUCACAGAAAGGCAUGAGCAAAAGCUGGGGAGCCCACUUUAAUUUUAGUUGGUUUGAGAAAAUAGGUCCUGUAGUUCGGGCGUGUCUAUGUAGCAUAAUCUGUGGCAGUUUGCAACCUAAGAUGGAUUCCUCUCUAUUAGCCUGAGCAAUAGUGUGGAGUCCCCAAUAUGGUCUUGGUUAGAAGUGUCUUUCACAGUUACUGUACUUUUUGAGGCUUGUGCAUAUUAGUGAUUGAUGAUUUUAUGGUUGUUUGUUAAUCUUCCCCCCCCCCCCCCCCCCCCAAUUAUUUUUUGUUCUGUUUUCAUUUUGAACAGACACUGAGAUUGUGCUAUAAAGAGGCCACGGUUUCCCUUGUCUCCGCCCCCUGUGGGGUGGUUGGAAAGGUCAUUGGUAGUCUCCCGUCGCCUACUCAACGGGGCAGCCGACCCAGUUGUGGGUCGAUGAAGUGCGAAAUGACAACACAGCCUAAGUCUGUCCCUUCCUGUGCCCCCGUUUUGUUGAAAUAACCCCCCUCCCCAGUUCACAUCACCAUCGCGCAGUCCAGUGUUCUGUCUGCACUGCCACCCUUCACUGGCUGCUGAGUUUCCUAGUUCAGCCUCCAGAGUUCACCCCCCCCACCCCCACCCCCUUCUUUCACGCUGAGCUCGACUCCCCAAAGUCCAAAACUGACAGUCUGUGCGUUUGCGCUGCUGUUUCGGCCUCAGUAGGAAAGGAGGGUAGCCAUCUUGUCCACAGGUCAGUCAGCCUACCUCAUUCACUUUUACACACAGUAUCCUGUGAGUAGGAUAGUGAAAUUUGACACUUCGCUAUGUCACUUCCUGUCAGUCCCUGCCCUCCCCUAAAUACCAUAGGCUACAACCUGUGGUAUUUCUUUACAUUGGGCACUUCUUUAUAUAAAAUCAAUGAAGUAGAGCUGAGCUUUAAUCCCUGUGGAGGCAGUCGAGUGUACAAUACCACUGAAUAAUAACAUCAAGGGGGAUUAGUAUAUAUAAGGUGACAGUCACAAGACACAGACUGCAGGUGUACCUACUUCCUCACACAAAGUUCUUGACUAGUUAUUGUGUAGUCAGUUAGUUAUUUUGGUGCCUGCCCAGCUAGUUAUCUGCCUUCCGACGUGCUCACUCCCAUAGAACCGUGAACCUUCCAUUAGCCAUUCCGUCCACACGCCCGUCAACGAAAUGAAUCUGCCUGUUUUGGGUUGCCUGUCAUGUGCCUGGUCGACGGCGGCCAGGUCGACGUACACUAAAUAGAACCACACGCAGCGGCCAGUCGAUCGCCAGAACCGUAGUCCGCCCGCGAGCCAUGCGCUUCAGCGGGAGAUUUUUUUUGUACUAUCUUUCAGCCUGUAAAAUGACCUCCGGGGCUGGUUUGCGGUUCUCGGUGCUGUUCUCGCUGUAGAGGUUCACCCCACAUUCCACCCCCCCCCCCCCCCCCCCCCCCCCCCAGUUUUCUGACGUGUCUUACACUUUCUGCUGUUGCUUGCCUUGCCUGUUGCAUAGCCCCCGUCAGUCAGGAAGUGAUUUGUUAUUCCAGAGCGAGCUUUGGCUGCAGGACCUGGUGUCUCGUGUGUGGCUUGGUGACAGAAUGACAUGGCUCUAUCUGCGGCUAGGCAUACAACACGGGAGAUACAGCAGAGGCCAUCAAAACGGUCAUACCAGUCAUCGUUCUAAAAUAGCAGGACAAUGGAUAUUUAAAUAUGCGAGUAUGUAUGCGUAUGCCUAUUAUAUACAGGUAGAUGUAUGUAUUUAUGUGUUUGUAUAUUUAUAUUUUGUCUUAUGAAAAUACAUACACGUAUGCACAUACUAAAACACACAUGUAUACAUGCGCAUACCAUGCAAGCCAUAUCAUAAGAAAUAGCCUUAAUAGGAGCCCAUGGUUAUACGAUUGUCAGGCUCUCUGCAUACCAGACUCUAGUUUCACCUUGCUGUUCGCAAGACCUUAGCUUUAAUACCUUGCAAAUUCCUUUGUAGUUGUGGUAAGAUAUUUUUAUGUCUAUUAGGUGUGGCGUCUAGAAGGAAAGGUCUGUUGCUCCUUUACUACUGUAACUUGUGGUAAUUGAUAUGUUUAGUGUGACACCACAGUAGUGUGAAUAAGAACCUGUUAUAUUAAAUCACUAUUGUGUAUCAGCUAGGUUUUCCUAGCUGUGCUUUUGGCUGUGAAUAAUUGAACAGAUAGAGAAGGGAUUAUAUAGUGUACGUUUUUAUUUAUGAUUUUAUAGUUCUGGUGUUCACAGACAGAUUUCUUUUCUGCGUUUUUCUUUUACGAUUAACAUGUGAUUCUGUGCAAGAUAGUUACAGAUAAUUCUUUUUUAUGCGUGAAAAGUUUCUAAUUUUUGCAUUCCAUUUGUGUCUUUGUCGUCAUAUACCUUGCCCAAAGGUUUUGUUUCCUUGUUGUUUCAGUUGUUUAAACUAGCAGAUGUUUUGUAUGUGCAUUUUUUUUUUCACUGUGGAAACUAAAAUACUCCAACCUCACAAGGUUGUUUUUAACCAAUGGUCAAGCUAUAAAAGUUAUUUGUAUUCCUUUUUUUAAGUGUCUUUUUACUGUUCUGCAAACUAUAUAGUGGUCUACAACAGUUGUAGUCUGAAUUCUGUACUUGCCAAACCAAAUUGGAAGAAUUCUUGCAAUGAGUCUUUUUAGCUUUGUCUAGGAGUUCAGGAAAAUUGUUAAAACUCACCACAAACUUUGUAGUCAUCAGUGGCACUCCAAACUGCAAUGUUAUGCUGCUGAAAUGAAAUAUUAAAGCAUUUUGAGACCAUAUGUGACCAUGGCAAAUCAUGAGUCAUGAUGUAAUAAGUUUUUUUUAUUUUUAUGAAUCCUCAAAUACACGGGCCAACCCCAUGAAACGUUGAAAAUUUUUACAUACCAAAGUGAACUUUCUUUUGGCUGUCUGAAAAAAGGUGCACUUUUGGAGUAUUUUUUUUUUACGCACAGGGAUUUACCACUACUUGGCCUUUGUGUCUUUUUUUUGUGGAACAUUGACAUUUUGUAUUUUGUUACCGGGCAACCAGUAAUGUAUACGUCAGCUGCCUCCCUGAUGCAAAGAUUUAGCUUGUUUCAUCCAUGUUCAGAUAGUUUAUCUUUCUCUAAGGUCAAUGUUACGGAAAUUGUUUAGUAUUAAAAAAAGAAAAAUAUAUAUCUGUUUAUGGUUAUUUUAUAGUUGUACUGAUUCAGUUCAUUAAGUUUUUCUCAAUAUUGAAGUAUCUUCAUAAUGUUUCGUUUUUUAAAAUCAAUAGCAAAAGAAUCGUCAUAUUGUUGUGUAUACUCUGUGAAGUUCAAACAUUUGUUUAUGGUGGUCUUUUCACAAUAUUCCCAAUCUUCUUGGCUUGAACCUUUUUGGGUGCCAAAGUGAAACAAGAUUGGGACACUUUGGCUUGGUAGAAUUUUCACUUGUGAAACUGUUAGAGUUGUGUGUUAAGCAUAGAAUCGCUUUGCAGUGUUAAAGAGAUAAGAAUUGGCUGAAGACCAAAUUUUAGAAUCCUCCUUAGACAUGUAUUCAUUCAUUUUACAUGCAUAUAUACAUUUAUAUCUGUGUGUGCUGUUGAAAAGUUUGUCUACUUAAACCUGAGUUAUCACUAAUUGUCUCAGUGUGACUUUUCCUGAAUCCUAAAGACCCGCAUGGGAACAUGUGCAUGUGAUCUUCAUCCAUAGGAUCCUGACUUGUUGAAAUGUUAUCCACAUUCAUGUAAUAAAUGUUCAGUCACUAUA